AUGCACAUCAGGAGCCCAGGUCUCAACGGGUCUCUGAAGAGCGUUGCUGUGGAGGAGCUGAGCAGGCAGGGCUGCAGUGUCACCGUGUCCGACCUGUACGCCAUGCACUUCGAGCCAAGGGCCACAAGGAGGGACAUUGUGGGUUGCUUGCACAGCUCAGAAGAGUUCAAUUAUGGCAUGGAGAUGUGGGAAGCUUACAAGAGAGGAGCUCUGUCCAACGAUCUGAUCGAAGAGCAAAAGAAGGUGCAGGAAGCAGACUUACUGAUUUUUCAGUUCCCCUUGUACUGGUUCAGCAUGCCAGCAAUCAUGAAGGGCUGGGUGGACAGAGUCUUGGUCCAAGGAUUUGCCCACGAGUUUCCAAACUGUUACGAUUCUGGUUUGCUCAAGAACAAAUUAGCCCUCUUUUCUUUCACCACUGGAGGAAGCAAAGAGAUGUAUGCAAAAGGAAGUCUCAACGGUGAUAUUCGCUAUCUCCUGUGGCCCAUGCAGCACGGGAUCAUGCACUUCUGUGGUGUCAAAGUCCUUGCACCUCACAUCUGCUUUGCUCCAGAGCAUGUCUCUGAGGAGAAGAGGAAGGAGAUGCUGAUUGCCUGGGCCCAGCGUCUGAAGACUCUUUGGAAGGAAGAGCCCAUAAACUGCUCUCCUGAGUGGUAUUUUGAGUAA